AUGAUUGAAGGGGACUUUUGGUCGUUCUCAAGUGAGACUGGUCGGUUUGCUGUCUCCUGCGAUCCCGAUAUUCGCUGCUUCUCCAUCGCGGAUGACAAUAUCUUUGCAUGUUGCCUCCAUUCCGACGGUGUUGUCUUGUCACCUGCACAUAUCAUGAAAACUGUAAAUGCCUCACAUUCCGAGGAGGAUAAGGAAAAUAUGUUCGUUGAAAAGUCGCAUAAUCACGCAUUGGAUGUUAUUGUCGAAAACCGGCAGUAUCUGCGAUUUCGUCAGUGCCGCGAUAAUGCUGCGGUGAUUACGGUAAUCGGACUAAACUUUUCAUUUCGGGUCUUUAUCCAAAUCCUCCCAGAUGAAACCAAAUCGUAUGAAAAUUCAGAAAAAGUGAAAAUAUUUGGAGUUUUUUUUUUUUAAAU